AUGAGAGUGUUUAUAGUAUUUACGCAGCAGGGAAUCACCUCUCCGUCUUUUCUGCUGAUAGACGUUGAUGACCCCAAAACAGACGUCCACGCUGACAGAAAGACAGGAAACUUCAACCAGCGCACACUCUGCACCUCGACAGAAAGUGGCAAAUCGCCUGAUGACAACUCGCUCCAGCUCGAAUCUGCUUUUCUUGGUGACAAAGCUGUCAACGCUGAUGAUGAUGGAGUGCAGAAGAGUCAAAAGGGGAAGAGCUGUGAGGAUGAUGAAGACGGCCACCUGGUCUAUCACAUCGGCCUCGUGUUGAAAAAUAGAUAUGAGGUGGUAUUUACACUAGGAGUAGGAGCCUUUGGAAAAGUGGUGGAGUGCAUUGAUAGAGACAAAGAGGAGCAUGUAGCCGUGAAGAUUAUGAGGAACACGGAGUGUUUCCAUGAAGUAGCGAGGUCUGAGAUCGCAGUGCUGCAGGAGAUCAACAGCCUGGAUGAUGACAACAUAUUUGCCUGUGUGAGGAUGUUGGACUGGUUCGAGCAUGAAGGUCACAUCUGUAUCGUGUUCGAGCUGCUCGGCCUCAGCACCUUUGAGUUUCUCCGACAGAACAAGUUCCUCCCAUUCAGCGUAGAGCAGAUCAGACACAUGGCCUUCCAGAUCUUCAGAGCCGUCUGCUUCCUGCAUCGUAACAAGUUGACCCACACAGAUCUGAAGCCAGAGAACAUCCUGUUUGUCUGCUCUGACUUCGACCUGGAGUACAAUGAUGAGACAAAGUGUGAGGAGAGGAAACUGAGGAGUCUGGAUGUUAAGGUGGUGGAUUUUGGCACAGCCAAAUUUGACCACGAACACCAUGAAUCCCUGGUGUCAACACGUCACUACCGAGCUCCAGAGAUCAUUCUGGAUCUGGGCUGGAACCAGUCGUGUGAUGUUUGGAGUCUGGGCUGUGUUCUUAUGGAGUUUUACCUGGGACGUACACUCUUCAUGACCCAUGACAGCAAAGAACAUCUGGCCAUGAUGGAGAAAGUCCUGGGACCGAUCCCCCCCCACCAGCUGAAACAGACCAGAAAGCCAGAUUAUGUGCACAACGAGCGUCUGAACUGGGACGAGCAGAGCUCCUCUGAUGAUUACAGACAACACUGUAAACCUCUGAAGCAUUACAUCCAAAGGAACAGCGAGGAAGAGAGGCAGCUGUUCGACCUGCUCAGCUGCAUGUUGGAGUACGACGUGUGCAGACGGAUCACCCUGGAGGAGGCGCUGUGGCACCCGUUCUUCAGCCCGCUGAGGAUGCAGAAGCAGCAGCGCAGCUAGCACACAAAACACACACACAUACACACACACACACAUUCAACAUCUACCUCGGGGUUGUAAUUUAAGCGUUGCAAUUACUAAACUGUUUGGGUUUGUAGU